UCGUAGCGGCUGCGAAUGCGGGCGCAUUCUCGCAUUUUGCUUCUGUUGCUGUUUUUUUUUUUCAAUAUUUUCCGCCAGUUUUUUUUUAAAUUAAAUAAAAUACGUCGCGUUCAAAUCGUUUCCAUUUGUUAUUAUUGUUGGUGCUUGUGCGCAUUGUUGGCCUUUGUCUGUGCCAUGGAAAUGCCCUGAAUGUCACUCGAGCACACACACACACACACGCACGCAGACACACAAAUACAGCAACACAUAGAUACACAGGCUCAGCAUGCUCUGAGCUGCGCUUGUGGCUAACAAAAUGGUCAAAUCGCUGGUGUCCAAGCUGCAAGCUUCCUCGAAUCUUUCUCUGGCUCAAACUUUUGGCAUUGGCAGCGGCACUGAGGAAACGAAUUACGCAAAACAUCGGAAUGAUCCCGGCCGUUUCUUUGGCGAUGGCGUCCAGUUCAAGGCCAAGCUGAUUGGCAUCUUGGAAGUGGGCGAGGCGCGUGGAGAUCGCAUGUGCCAGGAGGCGUUGCAGGACCUGAAGAUGGCCAUACGCGCUGCCGGCGAGCAUAAGCAGCGCAUCAUCAUCCAUGUGACCAUCGAUGGGCUGAGGUUGCGCGACGAGAAGACCAGCGAUUCGCUCUAUCAUCAUCCCGUGCACAAGAUCUCGUUCAUAGCACAGGAUAUGACAGAUUCGCGUGCCUUUGGCUACAUAUUUGGUUCGCCGGAUAGCGGGCAUCGAUUCUUCGGCAUCAAGACGGACAAGGCGGCCAGCCAGGUGGUGCUGGCCAUGCGCGAUCUCUUCCAGGUCGUCUUCGAGCUGAAGAAGAAAGAGAUCGAAAUGGCGCGUCAGCAGAUCCAAGGCAAAACCAUGCACGAUCAUGCCACCCAACUGGCCUCCCUGUCCUCGCUGAAAGCGAGCCACAACGAACUCGCCUCCGGCAGCAGCUCCUCCGCCGCAGCGCACGCAGCCAACCUGAGCAUGCUGGGUGGGAACUCCUCGAACGGAGUUGGCUUAACCCGACUAGGGGUUAAUCUGGAUGUGAAUAAGGGCGGAGCCGCCAAGGAGGUCUCGCCGGAAUCUGUAGCUGACCUGGUGGAUCUGGAGCAAGAGCUGACCUCGCUGCAGCGUGGCAUUAGCCAAAUGGAGCGCAUCACGCCCAAUGAGCCAGGCACAGCCCAAUCCGGCCAUGGCCUGGCCAAGUCAGCCAGCGAGGAUGAUCCGUUCGGAGACUCCUUCAUCUAUGUGCCCUCGUACAACAUCUUGCCGCCGCCACCCGAGUCCGGACGCACACGUCACAAGCAGCAGCAGCAGCAGCAGCAGCAACAGCCCAGCAAGACGCCGGAGAGCGCAGCUUUGGACACGCUGCUGUCGCCGGCACCUGGUGCUGGUGGCUCACCGGCCACGUUGCAGGCGACGGAUGACGAUGACAGUUGGCUGCACGAGCUGCAGCAGCAGAACGAUGUCUUCGAUACCACCAAGGUGUCGGCCACGCCCACGCCCAUGUCAGCUGCCGCUGUGCUCGGCAGCCUGCCAAUGGCUCCGUUGGCAGCCAGAGAAUCCUCGGCCACGCCCACGCAGCAAAUCAGCGAACUCUCAGCAGCGUCCACAACGGCAGCAGGGGGAAUGACUACAGCUGCGGCAACAGCAGCAAUCGAUGUUGGGCUAAGUGCGCUGAGCAGCUUAGCAGAGGCGGAGAGCGCAGCCAAUGGAACGUCGGCGACAGCGGGAGGCGGGGGAGCAGCUGCAGCAGCGGUCAUGUCGGAUGCGUUCACAGAUCUGGAUCCGUUGGGCAUUGGGCGCACACGGCCCUAUGUCGAUAAGAAAUAUUUCUUCCAAGAGCUUAAGAACCCGCCCAAGAAGCUGCUCAAGGAGCUUGGCUCCAGUCAGGGCGAUAACUUUGAUGAUUUUCUCGGUGGCAGGGAUAGUUCGAUCUUUGAGGAGAGCACCACAACAGCAACAGCAACAGCAACAACAGCAACAGCAGCAAUGACAACGACAACUACUAACACAGCAGCAGCAGCAGCAGCAGCAGCAACUGCUGCUGGCUCAGGUACUGACCACGCCCAUGAAACAGCCCCAAUUACUAACACAGCUAACAUUUGCACUUGCACAGGAAACGCCGCCAGUUGCAGCAGCAGCACCACAACUACCACAACUAACCCACUAAUAACCACCGCAAGCCUUGGGCAACACCACCUGCUACUAACAAACAGCUCCAGCAGCUUCCGUUCCCAGCCAAGUCCCACGCCCCAGCACCAAACUCAGUCCCAGUCCCAGUCCCAGACUCACUCCCUGUCUCUCUCCCAGCCUCAUUCCCACUCGCAGACUCAAACUCCGUCUCUCUAUCUUGGCCAAGUCGAAGACUUUUCGGCUGCUAAGCUAAAGCUAAUGCUACGUCAGAGCGCAGCCCUGUCCAAGCCUAUUAACCAAUCCGUCAACUAUUAUACCACAGAGCCCACGAUCAACAAUCCCCUGGAGGAGCAUCCGGAUAGCAAUCCCGUGCUGCUGCCACGCGACACAGAUCCGUUUUCACCCACGCGCAAAAAGAGCGAUCCGGAUCCAUUUCAGGAUGGCGAUCUCUUUGCCAAGCUGGAUGCCUUUGAGUUCGAUGUGCCACAGCCGCCAGCCAGCACAGCAGCUGCCGGCAGUGUUUUCAAUGGGCCACUCCAGGUGCAGCUGCCGCCAGAGCAGCACCAGCACCAGCACCAGCCGUCGCAGUCGUCGGAUGGCUGGCAGGCGGACAUCUCGCGCCUGGAGCCGGCUCCGCUUCCACUCAACAGCAGUGUGCGUCAUCGACCCACGCCCGUGGCCAGUGUCGUCAAUGUGGGCGGUCCCCUGGAUGUCAUCUCAAGCAUUAGCAACAAGAAGAUGCCGCAUUUAUUUGGCCAGGCGCGUUUCUCGAAGCGCGGCGACUCCGCUAGUGGCAUCGGCUCGAGCGUCAACAUGCGCCGCCUGCAGGAGAGCGACUCUCUCAGCGAGAAUGAGGCGGCGCCGGAGCCGCCGCCACGGCCCGACUCAACGCCCUAUGCCGAGCCGCCGCCGCUGCCGCCCAAGAAGCAGUUCAGCGACCUGGUCAUUAGGCCCACGCCCACGGCGCCACCUGUUGGUCGCUACGAGUACUUGAAUCAUACCAGCAACCAGCUGCGCCGCAGCGCCGAUGCGCCGCCCAUUCCGUUGCCUUCCCGCCGCGUCGGCCGCUCUGACGGCAACUUUCCCGGUCCGGGCCGACCACGCAAGCCUGGCCACACCGACGACGACUAUCUGGCGCCGUUGGGCGGCACGCCACCGCCGCUGCUGCCACCGCCCACGCAGAGCAGCAGCAGCCGCGCGAGGCCGCAGCGCCAAGCCUCGUUGGGUCGUCCGCAGGACAUCUACGAGAACAAGGCGGAGAUACUGCAGGCCCAGGCUGCCCAGGCGCAAUCGCAGAAGGAGUCAGCGGCAGCACCACUGGCGCCCGAUAUUACGCUGACGCAGCUGCUCACGCUGGGCAUGGACGAGCUGGCAUUGAAGCUGAACGUGCCCGCCAGCAAGCUGAGCACUAUGACCCUGGUCCAGCUGACCGCCUACCUGUCCGAGUAUCUGCAGUCGAGCAAUGACCAAACGCAGGCCAAAUCCCGUGCGAGUCCCGCUCAGCCACUGCAGUCACCGGCCACGGCCAGCUCCUCCGGCACGGCAGCCGUGUUCAAGGUCAACUUUGAUCAGCAGACCUCGUUUGUGGCCAAGUUCGACGAUACCUUCGGUGAGGAUGUGGGCCAGGAGGCGUUUGUGGCCAACUUUGCCAACUUUAAUGAGCCGCCUGCCUGCCUAGCCGCGCCUGCUGUGCCGCCAGCGGAUCGGUACGCGGUCUUCCGGGAAAUAAUCGACCAGGAACUGCAACAGCAGCAGCAGGAGACGGAUCUGAUGGGCGAUCUAACGCCGCCGCCAGUGGACGAAGCGCAACAGGAGCAGCAGCAGCAGCAGCAGCAACAGCAGCAGCAGCCGCUUGCCCAGCUGGACAUGGAUGUGACUGAGCUGGAGAUGGAGCCGCCACCGCCCAAGAUAGACACCAAAAUCACUGAAGUGGUGGCCCAGGCCAAGGAUCGCUAUGCGGCGCUGCGCGACAUAAUUCUGGUGGAGAAUCUGUUCGACAAGCCGCCGCCAAGCGCUGCUCCAGCUCCGGUCGUUGCUGAGAAGGAUCUGCUGCAGGAUUUGUUCAGCGACGAGUUCAACGAGGAUCAGGAUAUACGCCAAAUCAUGGACAGCGGUCACGACAGACGUGGCCUCGUCGACAGCCGCGGCCUGCCCGCCGAGCCAUCAUCGUCAGCUCUGACCGUGGCCGAUGAUGAUGACGAUGACGACGAGGAUGCGGGCGGCGAGAGCAGCAUGGACAGCAAUGAGAAAGAUGCAGAGCCGGUCAGCGCACAGGAUCAGUACGAGAAGCUGUCCACCAGCGCCGAGAAGCCCGAGUUCAAGUCCGAGGAGCUGCUGCCGCCCAAGCAGGACAACAAAUUCCUAACGGUGAUCAGUGGUCCAGGCCUGACGGGCAGAGAUGACAUUGAAAUCGAUGAGCUGAUGCAACGCGCCAUCUCCAAUCUGUCGCUCGACUCACGUGAUCGCAUCUCCCCGGCCACAUCCUCGGCGGCGCCAUCUCGCGGCCCGCCAGCACAUAGCCUCCACACCCCAUCGCAGUUCAACGAUGUGAGCACCUCGCCAAUUCCCCUACAGAAAUCGCCAGCGCCAAUACUGAACCAGGCGGCUGCCUCGCCAGUUCCCUCGCAGCUCUCGGCGGUUUCCCAGCUAAUCGACACGGCUACCAAGCAGAUGCAGGGCGAACGGGAUCGCGAUCGGGACAAGCCCUCCUGGGCCACCUUUGAUUCGCCCAAGAUGUCCGGCCCGUCCAUUGGCAGCGGCAAGGGCAAGGCACGCCUUACUCUGCCGCCUCCGCCCGCAUCCAAUACAUCGCAGCAGGACACCGCCGAGUCACCGUGCAGCUCUGAUCCGCGCGACGAUGCCGGCGGCUGGUCGAAGCAGCAGCAACAGCGUCGUUGGGCCAAAAAGGAACGCCAGCAGACGUCCUCCUCCUCGCGAGAUCUCAGUCCCUGGGACGAUGAGACGCCCGAGUAUCUGAAACAGCAGCGCCGCAACCUGCCUCCGCCCACGCAGCUGGCACCGCAUCCACAUGCACAUGGCUACUACAUGCGACACGCUCGCCGCCUCAACUCCUGCGACGAGGAUUACGACUAUGAUGCAGAGCUCUGCGCUCGCCGCGAUCGGGAACAUGCCCAACGCAAGUUUAAGCAUGGACUUUCCCGCAGCAGAGACAACUUUGAGCUGGACUCUCCCAGUUGGUACCAUCAUCCGGCACAUCACACCUGGUCGCCGCAGGAGAUCGAGCAGGGCGUGCGUGCGCGUUCCUUUGAGCGCAGCGCCUACGAGCGCUCCAGCUAUGGUCCGCCAGCGCCCAUAUACGACAAGCGCGGGCAGCCUCUGCCCCGCGAGCGCGAACGCGAACGCGAACGGUCCAAGUAUCGUGAUCGCGAGUACAGGGACUAUGCGCGUCCGGGCUACGAUUUUGAUUACGAGAACGUCUACGAUGAGCGACGCUCGCCUAUGGGGAUGGGCUACAAGGCACGGCCCGAUUACCUCUACGAGCGGGACAGCAGGGACAGGGAGCGGGAACGGGAGCGGGAGCGCAAGUCAUUCGAUCAUGAGAGCGUCGAGUCCUUCGAGAGCUCGUCGCGACGGCGACGCAGCUUUGGCAGUGGUGGCGAUGUCUACGGCAGCCUGGACAGUCGGGAUGACUAUCGCGAACGGGAUCGGGAGCUGAAGACGCGAUCGCUGCGCAAGCCGGCCACGUCGUCGGCAAAGCUGCGCGUGACUGGCGACAUUGACUAUGAACAGGACUCAGAGCAGGACUUCCAGAGGCAGCGCAGCCUACAAAGACCCAGCCAAUUGGGCGGAGACGUGGUCCCAGGUGCGCCACAGCGUCUACGCAAGAGCAGCGGCUCCAGCCCGUGGGAUGGUGAGGAGCCCGCGCCGCCUGGACAGAAGUCCUGGAAACGACCAGCCAGCGCUGCGGAGACGGAGCGUCGCUUGGCCGAGAGUCGCCGUGCCGCAGCUUUGGGCCAAACGCCCUCGGAUGGAGAGAAGGAUCGCAGAUUCCGCAAGAAGACGCGCGCACGCAGCACCAAGGAUUUGGCCACAGUCGGCGCACGCUAUGGCAGUGGGCGUGGCGUACGCGAUAAUUACGACUACAUCAGUUGCCAGCGCAACGAUGAUGACGACGACGACGAGGACUAUGUGGACGACGAGCCGCCCACGGACGAGGACAAAUUCGAACGCCUAAAUCGACGGCGCCACGAGAUGCAUCAGCGCAUGCUGGAGAGCGAGCGCAGGCAGCAAGAGCGCCACGCGCCCACACUGGCCAAGCUGCCCGGGCAGAACCGUCCACGUGGCGCCAACAGCGACUAUGGAUUUGUGGAUAGCUAUGAGCAAACGCCCACGCCCAGGUCGAAUGCCAGCAGCACGGCGGUCAUGAUGAGUGGCGGCGAGUCCUCGGCUGGCGUCGGCGGUGUCGGCGUUGCGACUAAAUUCAAUUUCGAUGAUGGCUUCGAAUCUGAUUUCAAUCAGAGCUCGCCACCUCCGGCGCCAGCAGGCACUGCGUCCAGCUGCAACUCGACGCCCGCUGGACUAAUUUCGACCAGCAGCACGGUGGGCUCCAAGUCACUGUUUCGCUUCUCCAACGACUUCUCCGAGCGCGAGAAAUUGCAGCAGCAGCAACAGCAGCAGCAGCAGCUGCAGCAUCGGAAUGAUAACUUCGAUCUGGAAGCCGCUCCCAGCCAGACGCCGCCCAUAACCCAGAAGCUGCGCUUCGAUGACAACGUGAAGGUAUCGCAGUUCGAUGAUGCCGCCUUUGAGGAUGAUUUCGCCAAGGCCUCGUUCGACUUCGACAAAGAGCAGCCCUCGCCGGCAGCGCCCUCGGCUUCCAGCCGUAAGCAGAACAUGAGAAGUAGCAAGCUGCAGCAGCGCCAGGAGCUGAUCAAGAAAUCCGAAUCGGUUAAUAUAUUUGCCAAAAAGCAAGAGGAUCCCUUCGAGGACGACGAGUUCUUUAAGUCGCCCGACGAACAGCCGCUUCCCGGGCAGGAGGAGGACGGCAACAAUGCGGAUGCCAACAAGUUCCAGUGGAACGAGGACAACAAUUUCGCUAAGUUCGACGAAAACAUGUGAUUUGACCAACUCUUUGCCAAGGCAUCAUGCAAUAGCAAAGCAGCAAUCGCAAUCGCCGAGCAGCCAGAAAGCGAUGGCGGCAACUACGCC